GCAUGGAAUCAGCAUUGUCAGUAUGUUGACGGGUGGUUGGAACAGUAUGAUUUACGUUAUAAUAUUGCUCUUGUCAACAUUCCAGCCCCUGGUUUUCUCUGUCUAGCAAGUCUACAUCAUCCAAUACAACUUGAGUCCGGUAGCAAGGUAGUAGCUGUAGGAUGUUUGUUUAACUCAAGGAAAUUGAUGGCCACAAAUGGGGUAGUGAUGGACAAAGUGAGCAGAUUUGAUUGUGAAGAGUUUCUGAUCUCGACUUGUAAAAUCAGUAAGGCUGGGACUGGAGGGCCCCUUGUUGAUUUCAAUGGAAAUUUUCUUGGCAUGAACUUGUAUGAUGCAGAACAAACAACCUUUCUUCGAAGAAAUAUAAUUAUCAAACUUUUGGAGCGUCUCAGAAUAUUUCAGCCUCAAAAUAAGCAAGGAGGUGGUUGCUCAAGUGACAUAAUGGUGAGAAGCACAGACAAUGGUGUGUAUCUCUAUGCCAAUUCUUACUUCGACCCAGAAGUACCUAUUGAUACAGUACAUAAAAAACUGCGCUCACUUGGUUACCCGGUGCCAGAAAAAAAUUGUGGAGGCAUGAAAUUAAUUAAUCGGUUUGAAGAAAAAUUUCCCUACGUGGAUGGUUCAUGUCGGAGUGUCCUGAAGGACCUCAGUGAAGAAGUCACUUUAAAUUUGUCUUGCACUGUUGUCUCACUUGCUUCAUUCAAUGGGAAUACAAGGUUAUUUGCAUGCACAGGAAUACUUAUAGAAUGUACGAGUGUUCUGACGUGUGCAAGCUUAGCCAGGUCUUCUGAUGAUGAAAAUAAGAUUGAUGAUGACUUGAGGAUUGAAGUGCGCCUCCCCAACAAACAAAUUGUCACAGGAAAGCUGCAGCAUUAUAUCUUACACUAUAAUCUCGCUGUAGUAAAUAUCAUGACCUCUCCUGAUCUUCAUACAACAAAGCUCUAUCAUGACGUACAAUUUGAGCCCCUGUUGUAAGGUGGUAGCUGUGGGGCGCAUCUUUGGAAGUGGCUCAUUAACAGCCACAAGUGGAACGUUGACUGACGAACCGAGCAAAUUUGAUUGCGCAGAGCUGUUGACCUCCACAUGUCAAAUCACAAAGGCUGGGAUAGGAGGACCCCUUGUUGAUUUUGAUGGGAACUUUAUUGGCAUGAACUUUUAUGAUGAGGAAAACACUCCAUUCAUACCUAGGAACAUAAUUCUGGAAUGCCUGAGGCAUUUUGAGACAAAGAGGAGCAUUACAGCCAGCGGUACCAAUGUAGACUGUAAUUUAAACAGGUUUGAGCAUGUCUCAGAACUAUUAUCGCUGCAGUGUUUUACAUGAAUUUACUCAUCGGCUUAUUGUACUCUUAAAAAUCUCUUCCUAAUCUCUUCCUUGACAGAUGGCCAGUGCCCAAACCGUAUUGGGUUUAUCCGGCGAGUGACUGGGAUUUGGGCAUGUACCAGAAGAUUGAUCUGAGAGCAGCCCCACCUCCGAUGUUGCUUUAAAUUGCCUAGAAUCAGCUGGCCUUUCAGCCUGCAGCAUGAUAAAUACCACCAUGCCCUUGCGCUAAUCGCUUAAGCUGUUUCUGUCCUGAUCUAGAUAGUGUUGAACAUUAGAUAGGAUAACCUGUUUGUUUUUGUUCCUGAUACAUUUGCUAGCAAGUGACCAUUCGGUAACUCAUGUGAACUUUGACUUGCACAUGAGUUGUACCAGUUUGACUGAAUUGUCA